AUGGCGGCCUCCGGUUCGGCAGGGGGGGAGCCAGAGGGAAAUCUGCCGCAUCCCCCCCAAGCAGUCCUUGCUCCGCCUUACCGAGUGACGGCCAGUCGUAGCAUACAAGCAGAACAUCUGCUGGACUGCAUUCCCGAUGGGUACUCGCGCUUGUCUCGGGCUUCGUCUGUCCACUUUCAGGAAGGAAACGACAGGGUGCUCGGAUUCUUACCAUGCUACCAACAGGAUCAUCGGACACCUAUCAUUACCCUCUUCGUAUGUUGGCUUCUGCAAGUGACUCUUGCGGCGAUUUGUAUGGUUGCAGUGUUGGUACUGGUUCUUUUUCGGACUAGACCUGAAAGGGACGUUCUAAUCAGACGAUCGUCCCAGGCUGUCGGGCUCAUCUUCCUCGCGUUGCUGCUUCUGCUUUGCGUCAUCCCCACCUCCUUAUGCGGAUACAUUAGUUUGCGUUAUGCAGAGCCGCGGCGGCUCCGUGCCUGCAUAGGCAUGCAAGUGACACAACUCAUUGUUGCUGCGUCUCUUGCUGGGUUCCUAGUCUAUCUGCUUCCACCAAAGAAACAAAUCAAUCUCCCAUUGGAAUACCUUAUCGCGUCCACCGCAAACCUCCUGUUGGCUGUUGUUAUCACUGUAGCACUGCACUACUGCAAUGUCCUCGCUCAGGCGUAUCGAUCGUUUCUCGACCGACUCGCUGAUACGGUUCUCGCCGCUCCAACGGGAUAUAACACCUUUGAACCGCCUGAAGGGUACGACACUGGGAUUAUCACCUCCCCUGCGCGAGAGUGA